GUGAAAACAAUUAAAUGAGUGAGUGAACUAUCGACAACGGAUGGAUGGAUUGAUAUUGAGAACUUUCUGGAAAUAAACCGUGUUUAUUAACUAAAGAUGUCGUUUACCGUAGUAACACAGGAUUUAGUAGAUGUUGCUAUAUCAAGUUCAUUAAAUUCAUUUGGUAGCCGGCGUAGAUUUCAAAAAGAUAUAACUGUUUCUGAAUUAAAGGGUAAAUUAGAGAUGAUUGUAGGUUCAUCAUCCGCAUUUAUGGAACUGCAGUUGUUUGAUGAAAAUAACAAGAUGGUAACGUCAAUGGCAGAUGAUGCUGCCCUCCUUGGCUCAUUCCCAAUUGAUGACAAUAUGAGGAUACAUGUUAUUGAUAAAGAUCCAAACAGGACAGUGGGUGAAUAUGAAGAUGUGUCAAAAGUAGAGAAAUUUGAAAUUACUGCUCAGGAAUAUGAGGCUAGAUCUGAUUCAGUACGUGCUUUCAAAAAAAGAAAUAAACUUGGAAAAUUCGCUGAUAAAGACCCAGAAGAAGAAAAGAGGAAAGAAGAAGAAAAUAAGAAGAAAGAGAUUGAGGAAGAAACAUUAGCAAAAACUAUUACUGUAGGGUCACGGUGCGAGGUCAACAAUCCCAAAGUCCCUCCUGUUAAACGAGGCACAGUGAGGUUUGUAGGAAAAACAGACUUCAAGCCUGGAUGGUGGGUUGGCAUCCAAUAUGAUGAGCCUUAUGGCAAAAAUAACGGAAGUGUUGGUGGUAAACAGUAUUUUGAAUGUCCGGAUAAAUAUGGUGGAUUCAUCAAACCAAACUUCGUAAAAGUAGGCGACUACCCAGUGGAAGACGAUAUGGACGAGAUGUAAGGAUAACAUUGUCCAGUAUGCUGCAUUGUGAUUGGCUGGUUGAGGGAAGCAAAUAUAGUGUGCAAUUAAAAUGAGAAUAUUUGUGAAAGCUUUGGCUGAUGUUGGACUAACAACGCAUAAGAGUAAACAAGAAACCAGUGUAUUUAUACAAGUGUACAUUAUUUGCUGUAUUUUGACAACUGAUACAAAAGGUGUGCUUAAUAGUAAAUAGUACAUUAUUUUACAAUAAAAAUAUAUUGGCAAAUUUCAGAAUUUCAACACCAUCUCAACAACCAUAAACUUUGGGCAGAGAAAACAAUGCAAUGCUUGGUUGCACUAAUUUGGGAUAUAUAAGAUUUAUCAAGAAUGAUGUUGUAAGUUGCACUCAUUUGCAGUAUCUUGAGUUGCAGUUUAUAAACUGGAAUGUAAUACCACUGUAUAGCUGUUAAAUUCAAUUUUAAGUAUUAUUUUGUUUUUCCUAUGAAAACAAAUUAGUAUGGUAUCUGCCCACGAGUCAUAAACAAAGAUGAUUCUUAUGUUAUUUUUUUAUAUUCAUAAAUUUAAUUUUUACACAUUGAAUAAUUUGUUUAUUUCAUUCAAAAUAACAUUCUGGCAAGUAUCACAGAUACAUGCCUUUAAUAUUUUAUGCAUCAUUGUUGGCUUUGAAAACAAAUAAAUGAAUUUAAAAUCUGAUUUUACAAUUUGUAUUUAAAACAUAUAAAACUGUGUAUUGUAUUAAGUAUAUCAUCUCACACUAUACCAAUUAGAAAUACUGCUGAAACUACGGACAAAGAUGAUAAAUUUGUAGGCUGUGACAACCAUCAAUGACAGUUAACUAAAACAUCACAUCUACAUAAAUCAUGGUGUGUGAGGGUGUGUAAGUAUGUGUUUUUAUGUUUGAAUCAAGGUAUAAGCACAUGAAUU